UUUAAUCGUAUUGCUGCCAUCAUUUCAGAAAAUGAAUCUGAAACUAUUUCUUGCGGUAGUAGUUUUUUCCGUCUUGUUCUACGAAUCCACUGCAUUUGGUUUGGCUCUACUUAGAAGCUUAAAAAACAUGUUUUGCGGCCAAAUGACGACGACAACAACGACAACAACUCCAGCACCCAUCUUGAAUUUGACGCAAAACGCCACUGGCGCCUUGAGCUUUAUUGUGCGUGUACUUAGCGAAAAUCUAUCCGACCCAACCAGCGGAUCGCCAGUGAUAUAUGCGCCUAUUUUCAACUGGGCGCAAGUGCCGUCAAACGAAACAAGUUCUUGAUAUAACCAAAUGUGUAUACAAACAUUUGUGCAUUUGUGAUGUGAUUGUUUCCAAAUAAAAUAUAGUGUUAACUGUCUGAUUGUCCUGUAAAUAUUUGCUCUCUUGCUUAUUUUCUUAACAUUUUCAUUGUUUGUGCGGAUAAUUAAGGCCAGCCAAUUGAAGCUAGCACAUUAUGCUUACGUGAAUGUUUAUUGAAAUGAUAGUUCUUUGCGAUGCAUCAUUGUAAUACCGUUGUGUUAAAGAGUAUUUUCUUGUUUAAAACCAUAAUAUAACCAAUAUAAUGUUUGCUCAGAUAUAAAGGCAACGCUUAUAGUUUUUCUACACUAUCUACUUUAUUUAGUUUUGUCAAUAAUUUAAAAUCAG